CUUUCCGGUGAGAAUUAACAGCCUAGAGAAGUGAUCUUUGGUAUCUUGAUCGGUUUUGAAAGCAAAGAAAAUUGGUCCUUUUGUUUUACAGUAAAAUUGUCUCCCACAUCAAUCAUAGUUUUCAGUUUUUAACUUCCCCCAACCUCUAACCUCCAUUACCAAAAUAGAUCCAGGCAUCGGCUAAUAAAAAACCGUUCCUGUGUCAGUCAGUCUCACGCACAUGUCUUAACUGAUUUACUCUCCUCCAUCAACCAACAAAUCAAAACCUUCCCUUGUUAUUAUAAAUUCCUAAAAUUCAUCAUGAGAAAACCCACUAAACCCACAUUUCUCCAUUUCCCAAUCUCAAUUCUCAGAUCCAGCUUCCUCCUCCUUCUCAUCUCCAUGGCCUCCAUUUUCACCCUCUUCCUCAUCUUCUUCUUCCUCCACCACCCUCACUCCGCCGUGGCUCAGAUCCACCAAGCCUGCAAAGCCACGCGCUUCCCUCUCCAAUGCCACUCCUCCCUCCUCCCCAACCUCCCCUCCAACCCCACCCCCCUCCAAAUCAUCCAUUCCGCCCUCACAACCUCCACCUCCAACCUCCUCCUCGCGCGAUCCAAGGUGCAGUCCAUCGUCGACGCCUCCCCGGACAACCACACCCGCUCCACCGCCGCAAAGAGCUGCCUCCAGGUCCUCCACUACUCCCACCACCGCACCUCCCUCGCCGCCUCCGCCCUCCCCCGCGGCGCCACCAAACACGCCCGCGCCUGGAUGAGCGCCUCCCUCGGCUACCAAUACGGCUGCUGGAACGGCCUCAAGUACAUCAAUCACACCUCCCUCGUCGCCCAAACGAUGUCGUUCCUCGACUCUCUCACCAUUCUCUCCAGCAACGCGCUCAGCAUGAUCGUCUCCUACGACAGAUUCGGAAACGACACCGCGUCUUGGAGGCCGCCCAUGACGGAGCGCGACGGGUUCUGGGAGCCAUCUGUUACGGAGGGAUUCGGGGUGGGACCCGCGGUGCCGUCAAAGUUGACGGCGGACGUUACGGUGUGUAAGGGGAAGGGGAAGGGUGAGGGGCGUUAUUACGAGACGGUGCAGGAAGCGGUUAAUGCGGCGCCGGAUGAGGGGGAAAAGAGGUUUGUGAUAUAUAUAAAAGAAGGGGUUUAUGAAGAGAGGGUGAGGGUUCCGUUGAAGAAGAGGAAUGUGGUGUUCUUGGGAGAUGGCAUGGGCAAAACUGUCAUUACGGGAUCAGCUAACGUGGGCCAGCCCGGGAUGACAACCUACAACUCUGCAACAGUAGGGGUUGCUGGGGAUGGAUUUAUAGCAAAGGAUCUCACAAUCCAAAAUACAGCCGGUGCUAAUGCUCACCAAGCAGUGGCCUUCAGAUCAGACAGUGAUCUUUCUGUCAUUGAGAACUGUGAAUUCAUUGGCAAUCAAGAUACUCUUUAUGCUCAUUCCCUGCGCCAAUUUUAUAGAUCUUGCCGCAUAAUUGGCAACGUGGACUUCAUCUUCGGAAACUCUGCAGCAAUCUUCCAAGACUGCGAAAUCCUAGUCCGCCCCAGGCAAGCCAGACCAGAGAAGGGAGAGAACAACGCAAUUACCGCACAUGGCAGGACAGACCCUGCUCAGUCAACAGGGUUUGUUUUCCAGAACUGCAUGGUUAAUGGUACCGAGGAAUACAUGGCAUUGUAUUAUAGCAAGCCUAAAGUUCACAAGAACUAUCUGGGGAGGCCAUGGAAGGAGUAUUCUAGAACAGUUUUCAUCCAUUCAUUCUUCGAAGCCCUUAUCACACCACAGGGCUGGAUGCCAUGGAGUGGGGAUUUUGCACUGAAAACACUUUAUUAUGGGGAGUUCCAGAACUCAGGACCUGGUUCUAAUCUGACUCAGAGGGUGCCCUGGAGUAACCAGGUCCCAGCCGAGCAUGUGUUCUCGUAUUCAGUGCAGAGUUUCAUUCAAGGAGAUGAUUGGAAUCAUCAUCUCAGUUAGUAGGCAAUCCUAGAAGACUUGAUCAUUGAGUGAGGAACAGGAGGAGUGAUCAUAUCGGUAAGUGGGGAUUUUUUUUACAUCCACUUUGGAACUGCCAAUGCAAUGAAGAUGUCAAAAGCCAUUCGGAGAAAUUCAAAUGCCAUGUCAGUUGUGGUGGCAGAUACUGGGAGUUGAUAAUAGAUCCUACUCAUUUUAUUGGGUAGGCCCUCGAUAGAAAAGAUUUAUAUUCUUUUUGCCUGAUGGCUGAUAAAGAAUCUUGAACUGAUGAAGAAAAACUAUUAGAUUCCACGAAUCUUUCCUUUCUAUGUAACUUGGAAAAAGGGAUAUGGAAGGAAAACCCAUUAUUCUUGCCAGGAAACCUUCAUUAUGAAAGUUAUUAAUGAAACCACGGUUCCCUGGCAUAGCAGGAAGCUUGUUACAUCAAGUUAUUUUAGAGGUGCAUUGGUGCCUUAAAA